CGUUUGAGGUUGUUUUCAAUUUCAAAAGUAUAUAGAUUUUAGAUCAAAUAUCUUAUUGAAAAAUGAUAAAAUAUUAAAUUAAAACGAUGGAUUUUUCUGAAUUAAUUAAGUCUAAAUUUGAAGGUUGCGGUGAAGAGGGACCUAUAAGAUGUAUAUUUUUUUGCGAAUUUCAUGAUACAGCAGGCCCAAUAAUUUCGUGUGCAGAACCAGAUAAUUAUAUUUCAAAGGAACUGUUCGACAGCAUAAGCGUAUACAUUAUAACUAAAGCAGAGUUACAAAGAAGUACAAUAACAGUAACUCUUGCAGAUCAUAAAGUCCUUGGUUUUCCAGUUGGAAUAUUCGAUAAAAAGUAUCCUAGAAAUGCAUUUCUUUUCAAUUUGUGCUUUAUUUGUGAUAGUAACUCUAGAACAGUACACUAUGAACCAGUUGUUACAAAGUUAGCAGAGUACCUUACGGCUAUGGAAAUUGAAAGUAGCUUCCUCUCGAAUGGUGCUUCAAAAUUAAAGCCAAUAUUGAAACAAGUAUUGGAAGAACUGAAUACAAAGGGUGAAUGCGCUUUAAGCCAGGGACCUAUAGCUACACAUUUGAAAGUUGUACGUAUUCGUAAUGAUCCUCUACCAGUAGCGGAUCAUCAAGUUCCAAUAUUGAUAAAAGAAUUACCUGAACAGCAAUGGGAUUUGACUACACAGCAAGUGACAUCCUAUAUCGAUGGAUUUAACCAUAUAUCAAGAAUUGCAACAUUAUCUAAUGUAGACACUAGUCUAGUUAAAGCUUGCGUUCAAAAUUUGAUAUAUUAUGGAGUUGUAGCACUUGUACCUCUAUUUCAAUAUGGAAAUGUAUAUAGUACAACACCAAAAUUGAAGCUAUUGGCUCAAAACUAUGAUCUGCAGGAAAGAUGUCUGAAAUACGUAGCUUGCAGUCAGCGUUCUCUUCCAAAUUUGAGAGAUGUCUUUAGAAUAUAUGCCGCAAUGACAAGAGGCACAACUGUGAAAGACUUAUGCUUGAGAUUCGAUCCUCCCAAUUUGAGAAUAAAUGAAAGAAAAUUAGUACAGUUUGGCAUACUGGAAGGGUUAAUAAGGAGAGUGCAUAAAUAUCCUGUCCACUUAGGAGAUAAUUCCGAUUUACAAAAAUCCUUAUCAGGAGCUGUCAGUUUAGACGAAAUUUGUUGUUCGACAAACAUAAAUACUCAAAGUUUGGAAGAUCAGUUGGAAAGAGAUCACAAUGUUCUAGUUUUGUGGAAAUAAUAAUUUUUGUGCAGUAAAAAUCCCGAUCUUAAUUGAGUGUUUUGAAUCAUUAUCAUUGUAAUUUUAACUUAAUUUAUUAAUUGUACUUGUGUCAUUUAUGUAUCCAAUUUUUAAAAUUACAUCUAUUUUUACACCA